UUUAACAGUUAACCGUUGGCAUCUUGGCCAAUCCACCGUAGUGGCUAAGCGCCACAAGUGAAGAGCAAGCAAGCAAGCAUCGAAUCGUUCACGAGCACCUUCACGAUGUCCUUUGAAGUGGAGUCACCUCGACGAACAGGCGACGGAGACGCCGUGGCUUCCCUCAGCGUCACUGCGCCACCUGCUCCCACGCUUGCAGGGCGCCGCCAGCAGGGCCAAGCUCCUCCGGUGACAGUGCAGCCAGUGCUGUACAGCAGUGCGCUGGCCGCCUUGGCGGCAUCGCCCCCACCGUCGGUAGAGUACGCAACGCCCGGCCGCGCCCUCGCGUCGUUCGGCGACGGCGUGGACAACGGCGGCCGCAGGAGGCGCAGGACCAACAACGACAGCCAGCGAAUGCGCGCGGAGGUGCUGGCCCUCGCACGUUCCCCAGGCUACUGGCGUCCCCUGCUGGUCUUCGUCUUCAGCCUGGUGAUCGGGGUCGCGCUGGCGCUGGCCGCCUACAAAAUCAGGGGCUCCCGCCUCAGCGGUAGAGCGAUGUCUCGGCGCGGGAACGGCACCUACUAGGGUGCAGCAGGCGGC